CUUUAGCAACGAUACAAGUGUACGUGUGAUUUAUGAAGGAAUUUUUAUGUGAAACAGGUGGUAUGAGCAGUGUGGCCUGUUUCCAGGUGGAAUUGAGGCAUUGUGCUAUCUUAGUCUGCAGUCAUGUCUUACCACGUUAUUGUGUGAUUACAGCGCCACAGCACACUCCCUCUGUGACUGAGGUGAUGCCCGACUUCCGGUUCCUCCAUCACCAACCGACCGAUAUCCCCUCCUCUUGAAUACACUUCUAUUUCACCUUUACCUCUUGAACUUUCUCUGUUUGGACUGCGAUUCCCUUGGACCAUGCAUUUGCAACUCUAGUUAUGACCUCCAGCUUGAUCCCUGUCCUUGCCGCCCAAACCUCACCACCAUCCCCUUCAACACAUGAGCGAACAACAUGUCGAAACAAGAUGCCGAUGGAGACAAUGUCCACUCCCCACCACUGCUAAACUCCACUCUCCUCCCCCUCUCGGACGAUUCAGCAACGGCUUAUCCAUCGAUAAAUUCAAAUCAUAGUGAACAUUCACUCCCUCCCCACCACCUUCUCGAUCGACAUCCUGAUUCGCCCUUUGCCCCACGCUCCAUCACCAGCGUCUUCGACUUCUUCACCAGACUUCGCACUUCUACUGCAAACGACCUGGAGCAACCGGAACAAAGUCCUCCGCGGGACCAUCGCUCCGCCGACCAAAGCGAUUUCUUUCGUCGCCCAUCCACCAUUUCACAUCCUUUGAAUUCGUUGACCCCGGCUCUUCCACCCCCCGACCUCCUUCUCGCUUCUUCCACCACGCCCACCCCGACCGAUUUGCCAUUCGGUUAUCAAACCGACUUCAACACCACCGCACCUCCCGAACACACUUCUCCUCCUGCCCACAACACUGCAACGGACGAUAUGGCCCCAUCCGCCGAUAUUGUCGACCUCACCGCCGACUCCCCUCCUGUCCCGCACAACCGCUUCUCCAGCUCCCAACGACCAUCGGGAAGCCGCUGCCACGACCAAAAGCGGCCUCGAUCCCCCAACUAUCACGAUGGCCGGGACGCCAGCGCGGGCGAAGGGAGCUCCCGACAGAGCAAAAGAGCACGGAGAGAUUAUCGCCUCACGCGGGACUGGAGCACCGAAUUCGACGAUUUCGUCUCGUCGGGGAUGAAUGGCCCGAGGCACGACGUCGCGACGGGAAACAGCCAACACGGCCUUUCAGUAGACCCCGAUUGGACGUCCCCUAGGCGAAAUGGGAUGUUCGAUUCCUCCCCGCCAACCCCCGAUCCGUGGUCCCAACCAUCAACCACCGCCGGGGCAGAGCGAACCGAUGCCCAUCGAGCGACUCCCUCCCGCCGAGCGACGCCCCGUCCUGCCACCGCGUCCCUCCGCCCCCCGCACAACUCCUCCAACUCCACGCGCCGCACGGGCCCCGUGUCCAUCUCCAACCUCAUCCACGUCGACGACGACGCCCCCCCGACGCCGGACAAGAACCCCCUCGCCGCCGCCCUCGCCAAGCAGCGCGCCGAAGCCGUCGCCUCGCAAUCCGAAGCCACCGAGAAACCCUUGCGUCUCUCCCGCCUGAGCUGCGUCAUCUGCAUGGAGCUACCGAAAAAUCUCACCGCGACAUCCUGCGGCCACGUCUUCUGCAACCAGUGUCUCCACCAAGCCCUCGUUUCCAUCGAAAACCGCAACCGCGAUCGCGACCGCGCUACCAACUCCACCAAGAUCCUCGGCAGCUGCCCCGUCUGCCGCACGCCGAUCGAUCGGAAGGCUGUGGCGGGCGUCGGGUCGAAGGUGUCGGUGAUCCCGCUACUGAUGAUGCGGAAGAAGGCGUGGAAGCCACGGAGGGUGGAGUGACGGGGGUCGCGACGGUCCAAUGGAGGACGGUAAUCUUCAACGCUCGCAUGAAUGACAUUAAGAGGGUGGUCUCAGGAUAUUGAGAUC